UAUUUCCUUUCUUUUGUCUUUCUCUUUUUUUUUUUAAAAUGAUCAUCACCUCCUUCUUCUUCACUCGCCCCCUUUGUUGUUUUUCACUUCUUCUUCUUCAAUAAUUCAACUGUGAUUUCACCGACGAAACAAGAGAGAGAGAAGCGAUGAGUUCUCAGAUUUCGGAGAUCGAACAAGAGCAGCUGAUCGAAAAGCUUGAGAUCUUUAAGAUCCAUGGCAGAGACAAACGUGGCCGUAAGAUCCUUCGUAUCAUCGGCAAAUUCUUCCCAGCUCGAUUCCUAUCACUUGAUGUGUUAAAGAAGUAUCUAGAGGAGAAGAUCUUUCCUCGAUUAGGUAGAAAACCAUUCGCCGUGCUUUACGUCCACACCGGUGUACAGAGGAGCGAGAACUUCCCAGGAAUCUCAGCUCUAAGAGCGAUCUACGACGCGAUUCCAGUUAACGUUAGAGACAAUCUCCAGGAGGUUUACUUCCUUCAUCCAGGUCUCCAGUCACGUCUCUUCCUCGCCACUUGCGGCCGAUUUCUAUUCUCCGGCGGGUUGUACGGGAAGCUGAGGUACAUAAGCAGAGUUGAUUAUCUGUGGGAACAUGUGAGGAGGAACGAGAUUGAGAUGCCGGAGUUUGUGUACGAUCACGACGAUGAUUUAGAGUACCGUCCGAUGAUGGAUUACGGUCAAGAGAGCGAUCACGCUAGGGUUUUCGCCGGAGCCGCCGUGGAUUCAUCAGUCUCCAGUUUCUCCAUGAGGUGUAUCUCAUAGCGUAGAAAGGGCUAUUAAGAAAAAGAAAAAAAAAACCACCCACUAGAUCUCGGAUCGUAUCUUAUGAAAACCAUAUAAUAUACGAUUAAAAUAUAUAAAAGAAAGGGGUUUACAAAAUAUGUGUGUGCUUUUUUUUAAUGCUAGUGAGCGUUUUUUACGGAAAAGAAAAGAAAGCAGUUGGCGCUUGGAUAAGGGGAAGAAGAUUUUUUCUUAAAACUCUUUUCUUUUUGUAUUUAAUUAGUUGUUCUUCUUUUUUUUAAUCUUGACAUCUUUUCUUUAGUUGUGGUGGUUGCGAGUUAGUGGGGGAGAAAAUGUAUAUGGGGUAUAUCAUAUGUGAUUGUAAUAAGUCCUUUUGUUAAAUGGUUAUGGGAACUGAUAAAAGAAAAAGAGAGACCCUUUUUAAAA